AAAAGCGCAUCACUCACACACACACUCCACACACACCUCCCGGACGCGGACACACAGGGACUCACGCCGGUGUGGGAGCGAAGCGCAGGCUGUACGGAGCCGCUAUCAGAGAGAGACACACAGGAGAGGAGUAGCGGUGCCGCAGGAAGGGUGCAGGACGUUCACAUUUCUCUUUUGGAAGGAGAGAGCGCGCGACUUGUUCCUCUUCAUCAUCCUGAGACUUUGAGCAGAAACACAGAGCAGCUCCGGGCUCCCGGACUGAGGCUUCCACGGCUGUGAGACCUUUUCCUCUGGACUCCACGACUCUCGUGUGCGCAAAUUACGCAGUGACUCAGGGAGGGAGCAACGUGCGGACUGGGAGCCUCUCAGUCGGAACUUGACGCGCCCUGGAGCCGCUGUCCGGACCCUCCGGAGCGCAGAAACCGCCCGAAGCCUCCCAGCUGCGGUGCGCACGCGGUACUGAUCAAGGAGUUUGUCCGUGUCCUGUUUCUUGGAACAGGGUUUAUCCCGCUGCAUGGACAGACUUAAAAGAACACAAUCUUAAUUUCAGCUGUGACAUGUAGCCCCGUACUUCUCUCUAAUGGUUUCACAAACGCUCUGGGAUUACAACUCAAGUGUUUCCAUUUUUCUCUGGUCCUGAGGGGUGUGGAUUUUUUUUUUUUUGAAGGAAAGCACUUUUUUUUAUCCUACAAAGCGGAAACAUUUAAAACUGAAAGCUCUUUACGAGUUUCUGCGUCAUCCAAGAUGGAUUUUGUGUCAUCCUUGAUUGGAUUUUUAAUGGCGAUGUGUCAUCUGGCGUUAAGAGUCAGAGGAGAGGAGGCUCCACAGUGUGGGUCUGUGUACGAUGCCAGCGAGGCGGGCUACAUCACCUCCCCGGGUUACCCUCUGGAGUACCCGCCUCACCAGAACUGCCACUGGAUCAUCACGGCGCCAGAGCCCUCGCAGCGCAUCGUCCUCAACUUCAACCCGCACUUUGAGAUCGAGCGGCUGGACUGCAAGUAUGACUUCAUCGAGAUACGCGAUGGGACUUCAGAAAACGCAGACGUCCUGGGUCGACACUGCAGCAACAUCGCACCAGCGCCGAUCAUCUCAUCCGGACCCUCCCUGCAGAUCCGAUUCGUUUCAGACUACGCCCACCAGGGGGCGGGCUUCUCUCUGCGCUACGAGAUCUUCAAGACAGGGUCGGAGUUCUGCUUCCGCAACUUCACCAGCUCCUCCGGCAUGAUCGAGUCCCCGGGGUUCCCGGAUAAGUACCCCCACAACCUGGAGUGCUCGUACAUGAUCAUCGCCCCACCACACAUGGACAUCACGCUGACGUUCCUGACCUUCGACCUGGAGAACGACCCUCUGCUGGUGGGAGAGGGAGACUGCAAGUACGACUGGCUGGACGUGUGGGACGGUCUGCCGCAAGUGGCUCCUCUGAUCGGCCGGUACUGUGGCACAAAGAUCCCUCCAGAGAUCCAGUCGUCCUCUGGCCUGCUCUCCCUCUCCUUCCACACGGACAUGGCCGUGGCCAAAGACGGCUUCUCCGCCCGAUACAACAUGACACACAAAGAAGUCAGCGACUCGUUCCACUGCAGCAUGGCGCUAGGGAUGGAGUCGGGGAAGAUCAGCGACGAUCAGAUCACCGCUUCCACGACUUUCUACGACAACCGCUGGCUGCCGCGUCAGGCCCGGCUCAACAACGACGACAACGCCUGGACGCCUUCAGAGGACAGCAACAAGGAGUACAUCCAGGUGGACCUCCAGUUCCUGAAAGUGUUAGCGGGCAUCGCCACACAGGGCGCCGUGUCCAAAGAGACUCAGAAGUCCUACUAUGUCACUACGUUCAAGCUGGAGGUCAGCACCAACGGGGAGGACUGGAUGGUGUACCGGCACGGCAAGAACCACAAGAUCUUUCACGCCAACACGGAUCCAGCUGAGGUGGUUCUGAACCGGGUCCCGCAGCCCGUUCUGGCCCGGUUUGUUCGCAUCCGGCCGCAGACGUGGAGGAACGGCAUCGCUCUGCGCUUUGAGCUCUACGGAUGUCAGAUCACAGACGCUCCGUGCUCAGACCUCCAGGGCCUGCUCUCCGGCCUCCUCCCUGACGCCCAGAUCUCCGCCUCCUCCAGCAGGGACAUGGUGUGGAGUCCCGGGACGGCACGUCUGGUGGCGAGCCGCUCAGGCUGGUUCCCUGCGCCGGCUCAGCCGCUGGCAGGAGAAGAGUGGCUUCAGGUGGACCUGGGUGUGCCAAAGACCGUGCGCGGAGUGAUCACGCAGGGAGCGAGGGGAGGGGAUGCAGGAAGCGGAGCGACCACGGAUAACCGGGCAUUUGUCAGGAAGUACAAAGUGGCACACAGCCUGAACGCUAAAGACUGGAACUUCAUCAUCGACCGCAAGACCAGCCUCCCCAAAACAUUCGAGGGGAACACGCACUACGACACCCCUGAGCUUCGUCACUUUGAGGAGGUGGUGGCCCAGUACGUGCGGCUCUACCCGGAGAGGUGGUCUCCUGCGGGGAUCGGGAUGAGGGUGGAGGUUUUGGGCUGUGACCUUCCAGAGACCACCACGCCGGCCGACACCGUCACGCCCACCCUGCCUGCAGACCCUGAAACCACCACGGUCCCCAUCACGCCUCCAGCAGCCACGUCUCCCGCGUCAGACACCGUGUGCGACUUUGACCACGGCCUGUGUGGGUGGACGCACGACUCCAACGCCCCUCUCUCAUGGACUCUGCACAGCCACGAGCUCAACAGUUACCUCUACAUGGACGCCAGCCUGAAGACGGAGCAGCAGCAAGCCCGGCUGGUCAGCCCGAUCGUGGGGGCGGACACCGGACCCCUCUGCCUUGUCUUCUCCUACCAGCUGUCAGGAGAAGCUCAGGGACACUUAAAGGUCCUGGUGCGGGACGGCCACAACGAUGAGACCGUUCUGUGGACACUCAAAGACGAUCAGGGCCCCGUGUGGAAGGAGGGUCGAACCAUCCUGCCUCGCUCUCCUAAAGACUUCCAGGUGGUGAUGGAGGGGUUUUUCGUGCACGGAACCAGAGGACACAUCUGGAUCGACAACAUCCACAUGAGCUCCAGCAUCCCUCUGAAAGAGUGUACACAACCCUUCACAGCGUUUUCUCCUGAAAACCCAGGGGGAGGCGUUCCUGUGCCUCCCUUGCCCAUCCACUGGUAUUACAUUAUGGCCGCCGGAGGCGCCCUCCUUCUCCUGGCGGUGGCCAUCUUGGUCAGAGCGCUCUGUUGCUGCCGACAACACCUGGCCACCAAGAAGAGCCAGCUAUCAGUGGCCUAUCACAGCUCCUCGCAGUGUUUCCAGUACUCUAACUGGUCCUCCAGUAUGGCUACCCCAGGGGUGGAGCCAGUCCUGACAGUGAGGCUGGACAGCCGGGACAGACACCGUACCCUCUGCUGAAAAAGAAGCACUUAGCUGCGUUGUGUUUGUCACAGCAGGACGCCGGCGUGUGAUGUCAGCUGCAGCGUGAUGCUGCAGACGUGACAGAACAUGGACUUCCCUUAUUUGGUCACAGCUGUGACGCAGACUUUGUCCAAAACUGCCAAGUGGAAAUUUGCAAAGAAACACAGAGCCCUCUCCGGCUCUCAUGGAUGUAGCUUCAGUUGCUGUUUUUCUGUUGUUGACAUUUCACACUAUGCUGCUCCUGAUGAGAGGACUUAAGUCUGAGUAAGUUAUUUAUCUGAACAGCUUGCCUCGGACCAUUGAGCGCCGUCUGGCUCCUCAUAACCCCAGCGGUCCUCUAGAAAUGACCCCAGCAUGGACAGAACACACAGACGUGUGUGGGCUGUGAAGAGGAGGAGGGGAUUUGAGCUGGUUCGGCCGAGAGAGCCAGCCAGAGCUGCCAAACCACAGGCUAAAACAAGACCCCAGAGACAGGAGGAGCUGAGCUGGGAGAGAGAGGAGAAAACUGUUAGGCUGAGAGGCGGCUCGCUGUGGAAAUGAUCUGGCAAGCCCCAGAAAAUAAAGCCCUUCUGUAAUAACAACACCAGAUAGCUGUGAUAUGAGUUGUUCCACUGGUGACGAUGUUGUGAGGGGGGAAAAAUCCUUCCAUUGUCCUUAACAACAACAGAGCAUGUGCACAUUAAAAAACAAAAGGAAUGCAAAUCCAUCAUACUUUAAAUCCUGCAUCACAAACGGAGAUAACCAGCUGGUUUGAUUGAAAGUCUUGUCUCCCCCUGAUAAAGGCAUCAGUCAGUGAUGGAUGCAGCCGUCUUCACUGUUUAGUGUUUCAUCUUGAUUCUCUGGCGUAAUAAAGCACGUUGUUCCACUCCCAUCUCUGCUCCAUACCACCCACUCCCGUUGUUCCCCGUGUCUCUGAGCUGCCCAGAUGAAAGCCCUGCCGAGCCCAGCCUUGUUUUGUUUUCAGUGGGAAUAUGUGCUUGUUGUUUUAGGGGUUGUAAAUAGACACAGCUGUCUGCCAUCACCACUUCUUACUUGAUUUAUACUCCUACAAAUCCCACAAUGCAGCUGGUCCAGCUGGAAGCCAUAAGCUCGGUGUUUUCCGGUAUAUGCGCACCCUUGAGAGGGAGCCAGGACGUUAUGAGAAGCAGAGCAGAGUGCCGUAAGACGCCUUGAUGGCUUUUGACAUAAAUGAAGACGAAGCUGACGCACAUGCAGCGUACAUAUGUGAAAUCUUAAAGAGCUUUUUAGUCCUCUAGAACAAGCCCAGAAAGACUCGCCAAUCUCUCUGUGAAACACGCCGGGUUUAGCACCCUGGAUUGAAUGAAAUUGAGGUCUUCACUCUGAAGCUUAACGGGCCGUGCUUUCUGUGGUCUGUCACACCAGUAAGAAUCCAUCACCUUCUAGCCCACAGCUCAGCAGAAAGCACCUCCAUUUGUUGCCACAAUUUAGAAGCAGAGCCUUUCUCUCUAGAGGGGGAAAAAAAAAGCUCUUUUUGGCACACUCUCAAUUUGUGCUUUUAAAUCACGCUGGGGAGGAGGGAUUGGACACCCUGCUUGGUCCAUCUCCACACCGUUACGCUCCAAGCCUCUAAUAGUUGUAAUUAGUUAAUGGACAGAUAACAUUUAUUAAGGCUGCGGUAAGCACUUUUCCCUCCAAACCGCCGCACCUUCCUCUCCCAAUCCGCUGCCAACUACAGUUCCCCUGGAAACAGAAUUAAUAACGCCAUUGGCCAUCAAAGACCUCCAGAUCUAGACGUGUGCCUUGCCAAGCAGCUACUCCCACUCCUGCAUGAUUGCCAAGAGCGGCAAACACACACACACACUCUCUCUCUCACACACACACAUAUAUAUAAAAAAGUGAAACUCAUCUAAAGUACUCUUGAGCUGUUUGGCUCCUCUAAAGUGCUGCAGCCGUCGCUACUUUUCACCACACUUGUAAUCUUCCAAUUCAAACACUCAACAUGCGCAUCACUUUUCAGCCGCCUGGCAUCGCGAGCGAGUUUCACUGAAGGGAAAAGUCACCACUUAAACCAUGUUGUUUCGUCUUGAAUCAUCUUAUACACCUCUCUUAAACUCGACAGUCAAAGUGUCGGUGACUUUAACGGUGAUAACGAUGGGUACUGUUAAUUAUUUUUGCAUCUUUGUUCACUGGGAAUGAUCAGUCUUAUACCAUCAGUAUGUUAUGUGAUGACUGUGUGUUUGACUGGAAUGUAUCAUAAUGAUGUUUCUCUAUUAAUAAAGACAUAUUUUUCUAUCAUU